GAGAGAGAAAAAGAAAAGUUAUCACUCGUACGAUCAACGGUAACCGCUACCGAUCGCCCAAACGUCAAACUGGACGAUAUCGAUUCGCGACCGCUCGAACGGUCGUCUAGGUGAAACGAUACGAUCCGCGGCAUCGCGGAGCGUGUUGCUGCGUGUCGCGAACGGCGACGACGGAGUACGUACUUAUAUACGAAGGUCGGUACGCGCGCGGGAUGGACAGACGGACGGACGGUGGUAUAUAACGUGCGCCACGCGAGACAGAAAGAGAGAGAGAGAGAGAGAGAGAAAAGGAAAGAGGCGUUUUUCCAACCGGCUCUGACGGCGCGCGCGAAGGGGCGGCGGUCUCGCCGAAUAAAAGAUUAACAAAGAGACCGAAAUCGCGAGGGCGCGAGCACAUUCGCUUCCGGCGACGAAUACGUCGCGUGGAUCGCGCGAUCGCGAGGGUGUCUUCGCGGAAUUAUCAUCGCAUCCGUCGCAGAGUGUUCGCCUGUGCCGUGUCAGGAGUUGGACGAGCGAGACGGUGGAGCGCCCCUCUCCCGCGCGAACGAACACCUGUGCGUGUCGCGGGUACAACGCGAGUGUGCGGUGCGAACAGUCGCAUCCCGACACCGCUGUUCGUCGUAUGUACGCACGACGAGAGAGGAUAAGUCAUGCAGGAAGCAGCAGCAUUGGUCGCGUCGCGCUGCCGCGCGUAACCGUAAAGAUCCAUCCUCGCGUAUAUUACGGCGUGUGAUCUCGUCCCCCUCGCGUGUCCCUCCCCCCCCCUCCUCCCUCCUUCCCCGUUUGGUCGAGGGGCAUUAACACGAGGGACCGUCGUGCGUUUCGAUCGUGUGCGUGUACGAUUGCGAGUGCGCGUGCUGUUGUGUUCGUACGUGUCUCUCUCUCUCUCUCUCUCUAUUUUGUACGCGCGUCUGUGCCGGAUAUCAACCCCGGUUGGGAUCGGUCGUCAACAGUCUCCGACGUUUGACCGACGUUGCGGUUUCGUGCGGGGUGGAAAAAGAAUAAACAUGGUGGUGGUGUAAGUGCGCGACGGAAAGGGCGACGUGAGAUCGAGCGAGGCUGAUAGAUAGACGGAGAGAGGAAGAGUCUCGCGAGGACGUGAGAGGAAGAAAGAGACGGCGGCGGCGGCGGUGGCAGUGUGGCAGCGAUCGGCCACCAGUCAGUACGCCAGAAGCGACGAAUUCGAUCGGCGCUUCCUUUGUCCGCGAUUCGAAAGAGAAAGAGAGAGAGAGAGAGAGAGAGAGAGUGAUUCACACAGAGCGAGACACGCGGAGAGAUACAUCGUUUCGACGGGCGGGCGAAUUGAUGCCGACGAUACGACGAUCUUUCGCACAUCGUCGAGAAGCUAGCUGCGAGUUUACAUCGUCGCCCGACGUGAUUUUCAUGCGCGCUGUCAACGAGCAGCUGUUCGGCAACCAAGUGUCAGCUAGGAUUCUUGCCGCGUCAAGCCGCGACGUUACUAAUCGGCGAACGACGGCGACGAGGUCGCAGCACAUGGUGUUAUGUCGUCGCCGACCGAGACCUGCGUGAUUCGUCGGUGCCGGUGACAAAAAGCGCGCGUUCCCGAAGGAGAGAGGACAGCUAGGAUGUGAGAAAUGUGGAAAGUAUUCCGUGGAGAAAGAAAGAGACGGAUGAAAGGAAGAAAGGAAAAUUAAUUGGUAAUCAAUUCACACACACACACAAAGCCAUUCGGAUAUCUAAUAAAAAAGAAAGAAAGGGAAGAGGAGGAUACGUAUAUCGCUCGGGACUAUAACCGGCUUUCGCCUCGCGAGUGCGAACAAGUGCGUGCUUUGGUGCGUAAUUUCUGUCAUUCGCGAAAAGUGUAUUUGCCUUAUGUGAAUCUGUGAAUGUUUAUGUUAAUAGGUGAUUGAGCGACAGAUAAAUCGACGGAGCGGAGGAUACAAUUUAUAUCGCGGAUACUACGAUAUUAUCGUCGACGAGAGAAGCAGCGGGAGCAGGUAAUCGGAUCGAAAGGGAGAACCGAUCGACAACAAUGAGAAUUGGGCCGGCGAGUCGCGAAGACCCAGUGAAUAGACUUCCCGAGGGUAUUUUCGUGCGCUGACGAACGAAAACGGGAUGGAACAACAGCGACUGCGGCAGAGUCGUCAAACUCGCGACGGCCCCGUGCCAAUAACCUCCGUGUAACCAGUCGGAGGUUGGUUAGCCGCUUCCUCGCACGGCGAUGAUGCGUUCGCCCCCGUCGCGCGCGACAGAUCGUAAAAUUAGAAGACGUUCGGAGGCCCGCGCGAGCGUAGCCGAGAAGAAGGACGUCGCGAGCGAGCGACGACGACGUCGCGAUCGUCGAAGGAGAAAAGGUCCGGAUAGUGGGCACCGGGUGAUAAUAUUCGAUGCGCGGGAUUGCCGCUGGCGGAUCGACGUGUGUGACAGUGUGCGUGACAAAAGUGCGGUUCCAUAGUUCCUCCUCUCUCUUCGUUCGCGGCUUCCCUUCCGAGGAUCGCCGCCUUCGAGAAUCGCGAUGUCGAGCUGAUCGUCGACCGGAAGAGAUAUCGGUCGAUUAAACACGAGCCCGUGAUCUUUAAUUUAACUCGCCGUUCUUCAAAGCGCGCGCGAGUGCAACUUCUCUAGUCCGCUGCAUUUAAAUGUGUGAGGAUCUCACCACGAUUCCCGGGAAUACAAUUAGAGGAAUUGAUUUCGUAUCCAGCUGUACACCACGUGCGAUUCAUUCUGACGAAUCAUUUCUGAUGCAAUCCGCUCCUUGUCAUUUUCCGGGAGCAGCGAGUCGCACAUUCCCGUCCGGAAGCUGGGCAUUUUCCGGCUUUGUUCUAAACGAGACUGACCCGUCGCGCACGGUUCCUGUAGUCGAUUAUAUAAUUUAUUUAAACUGCUCGGGACACCUGGUCUUCAAGCCAUCGUCGUCUUAACGGAGCAGCAUGUCUCUCAAGUCUGGGCUAUUAUUCUUCGAUACGUUUGGCGAAAGUGCGAGAAAACGCGUUGCGGAAAACGUGCACCGCGCGUGAAUUAGUUCGCGUAUAAUCCCGAUGACGAGCCUCGAUAAGGACAAACAGAGCAGACGCGAACAAAUGGACACCAAUGAUUAGCUUGGCUCUAUCGGCGGCGGUAAGCAGGAUCGAGAUGCCCCUCUCUAAAUCGAAUCCGUUCGUGCCGACGAGCGCGAUCUCGACGCAGCCGUACAUCUCGAGCAGCGAGAGUAGCAACCAUCUGCCGCCGAUCAUCAAAGGUACCGGGUUGAAGGCGCUGCAGCAGACCGGUGGCGGCGGCGGCGGUGGCGGCGGUGGCAGCGGUGGCGGCGACGACGAGUUCGUGCCUUACGCUUAUCAGAAACUAUCGUGGAAAAGCGAGGGCUUCUGGUCCGUGAGUCACAACUCCAGCCACAACUCCAGCCACAACUCGCACUCGCAGUCCAACAGCCAGUCGAGCAGUCCGGUGGUAAGAAACGGUCGUUCAGAUGGCAACUCCAAUAGCGGUAGUGGACGCGGUGGCGGCGCCGGAGGCGGAAGCGACGGCGGAGGUGGCGGUAGUGGAAGCCUUGGUGGCAGCGGCACCGGCGGCGGUGGAAACGGCGGUAACGGCAGCAACAGCGUCGUCAGCGUCAAACCAAAGACGGCGACCAUCACGCCGGAGAUGGUGAUGAAGCUGUACAUGAACAAGCUGACCCCGUAUGAGCAUCACGAGAUCUUCAAUUAUCAGCAGAUCUACUUCAUCGGCGCGAAUGCGAAGAAACGGCCGGGCAUCAUCGGCCGGCCCAACAACAACGAGUACGACAACGAACAGGGCUCGUACAUCCAUGUGCCACACGACCACGUGGCGUAUCGCUACGAAGUGCUGCGCGUGAUCGGCAAGGGCUCGUUCGGCCAGGUGGUCAAGGCCUACGAUCACAAGACGCACGAGCACGUGGCGCUCAAGAUGGUGCGCAACGAGAAGCGCUUCCACCGUCAGGCGCACGAGGAGAUACGCAUAUUGCGUAAGCUGCGCGAGCAGGACAAGGACAACACCAUGAACAUCAUCCAUAUGUUCGACUCGUUUACCUUUCGCUGCCACAUGUGCAUCACCUUCGAGCUGCUCAGCAUCAAUUUGUAUGAGCUCAUCAAGAAGAACAAUUUCAAGGGCUUCAGUUUGCAACUCGUGCGCAAGUUUUCGCACUCGCUGCUCCUCUGCCUGGAUGCCCUCUACAAGAACAAGAUAAUACAUUGCGACAUGAAGCCGGAGAACGUGUUGCUCAAACAGCAGGGUCGCAGCGGCAUCAAGGUGAUAGAUUUCGGCUCGAGCUGUUAUGAAAAUCAACGGGUAUAUACUUACAUCCAGAGUCGUUUUUACCGAGCACCAGAGGUAAUACUAGGUGCAAGAUACGGUAUGCCGAUCGAUAUGUGGAGUCUUGGUUGCAUCCUGGCGGAGCUUUUUACCGGCUUCCCGCUGCUGCCGGGCGAGGACGAGGCGGACCAGCUGGCGUGUAUCAUCGAGAUGCUGGGCAUGCCACCGCAACGGCUGCUACAGAACUCGAAACGAUCGCGCCAGUUCAUCAGCUCGAAGGGCUACCCGAAGUACUGCACCGCGACGGCAAUGCCGGACGGAACGACAGUGCUAAGCGGGGGUCUAUCGAGACGAGGAAAGCUACGUGGUCCGCCAGGCUCGCAUGAUCUCGAGCGCGCCCUCAAGGGCUGCGAUGAUGUGCUGUUUCUAGACUUUUUAAGACGUUGUCUGGUGUGGGAGCCGGAGUAUCGGAUGACGCCUAAUAAGGCACUCAGGCAUCCGUGGCUGCGCCGUCGACUGCCGAAGCCGCCGGGUGAUAAGAACGACACGCUACCGGCGGUUACGUCGGCGCAGCCCGCGACCACUGGCGGAUCCACCUUGAGGACGUCCGCGUCCGGCAGCAGGAGUUCUAGCAAGACCAACAGUCUGCAGAGUGGCAAUAAUACCAACGACGACAUCACUACGAGCAAGACGACGGGCCAGCAAAGGACAAACCGUUUGGUAGAGGAUGUAGUGUCCACUUACGUGGGUUAUCCAUCGUACGGCGCGUCCCAACUGCACGGUAGCACUUGGGGUACAACGGGAGGACUGAGCAGUGGCCACCAAUCGCUCAAUUCUGUCGGUGGUGGUGGCGGUGGCAGAAGUUCCUCCAGCAAAGCUAACAGUUUACAGAGUGGCAAUAAUACCAGCGACGAUAUUGUCACGAGCAAAACGAUCGGCCAGCAAAGAGGAACACGCUUGGUAGAGGACGUGGUGUCCAAUUAUGCGGGCUACUCGUAUGGCGCUUCCCAAUUGCAUGGUAGCACUUGGGGUACAACGGGAGGGGGACUGAGCAGCGGUCAUCAAUCGCUCAAUUCUGUAAGUAGCAGGAGCUCCAGCAAAACCAAUAGCCAGUUGCAAGGCGGUAACAAUGCGGCGACUGGCGAUAUCCCCGCGAGCAAAACCGACCGCCAGCAGCAAAGAGAGCGCACGAGCGAAUUGCCGGUAACGAUCUUCGACUCCAUCGGAUCUUACGGUUGUUUGUCCGAGUCACAAUUACACGGGAAUCAUCGGGCGAAUCAAAGCAGCAGUCAUCAAUCGCUCAAUUCCGUCGACGGCGCGACGACCGGCAAGUCGCAGCGCGCUCGUCAGUCGCAUCAGACGCAACAACAACACAAUAAUAACGGCACGUCGCAUGAGAAUUACGGCUCUCACGGCUCCUCGAGCGGCUUCAACCGGGUGGUAUUGGCACUUCAUCCGACAGUUCAGGAGACUUUCGAGGAGCUGAGACGAUAGGCCGAGAUGCGAGACUACUCUUUUUCUCUUCUUCGACUCAUUCGCUCAUUGCCGUCCUCGGCACUGCUCUUGACGAGUAAUUCCUAUCCAAUGAUUGCGCGGUUUCCUCAUAGAUAAAAAAAAAAAAAAGAAAAAAAUACGCAAGAAUAAGGAUGUAUCGGUUAACCGACGUAAAACUCGGCUGUGGUUUGCUGCCUGCCGUUCGGACGACAUUUGAUCUGUAUCGCCUCUUGACUUAAUGUCGAGGAGGAUUAUUUAAAAUUGAGAGAAAGGGUGGUCGUCUCAUCAACAAUCUCGGAUUCACCGCUGUGAUUCACGUUGCGUUUCUACAAUCGCCGGUGUGACUAGUUGUAGGUGGAAUGUGAAAUAAUUAUAAUCUGGCGAGAUCGCGAGAGAUUCGUUCUAUGAAGCGUGUCGUGCGAAAAAAUAUAGUAAUAAAUGUCCUCUUGAAACUCGCGUUGAACGUUUGGUCGAAUUACACGAGUCUGAAAUACUAUUCCGAAAAGGAAUAAUGAUCGUGAACAUUUCAAUUGAAAGGGAAAAAUAACGAUUGAAAUAGAAAAAGUAACGAUUGAAUGAUUUGAAAAUAAGCGAAAAGUUUUGUCUAAGAGAUAAUAAAGUCAAGGUCAGUAUGAACUUUGAAAUACGAUAUUUGCACGAUCCGAUACUUGCAAUAUUCUAUUUUCUACAGUCGUAUAAUAUGCUCUUAAUAACGGAAUAAAUAACUUUAUAAUUUUCACUUUUACUCAAAUUCUCCUUGACAAAAUUAGCAAAAUAUUUUUUUAUAUUUUUGUAACAAUUAAUUUUUAUUGAAAGAUUGUUGUACAAAAUUAAACAAUUGCAAUAAAAAUUAAUAUAAAAAUUAUAUACAUUUCAUAGGAUUGUUAUAAUUUAUAUGAAUUUAAUGCGUAAUUAGAUGUUUUAUUCAUAGGAAUAUAUAUUUUAUUCAUAGGAAUACAUAUUUAAUCUUUUAUAUGUUACAUUAUAUAAAUAAAAUAUUAAAAAAAUAGAUUGCAUAAUAUUUUAAUGUUAACUUGCGACGAGAAUUUGAGUGAAGGUCGAAACAGAGUUUCACUAUCGAGAAUAAAUUUUGCGAUUAUCAAAAGUCAUGUACUUUAAAUAUUGGAGAAGAUUAGUGUUUGAAAGAUUAUAUUAUAUCCUUGAUAUCAUCAUUUAGAUUUUUCUAAAAAAAAUGAGCUAAUUAUCAUAAUAAGACUCAAUUUUACGGAUUUUUCGCUUGGCGUUAUAACGAUUUCACUUAUUUCGUUAUGCAAGGUUUGGUACCUUGAAUCGCAUCGUCGCUUCGCGUUGCUUUUUAAUCCACUCGUUACAGGAUUUAUUUCUGCUGUUAUUGCUUUCGGUGAAAAUAUAUUAUCGCCUCGGUGAGAAGCGAAUUUUCGCCACGACAAUAUCUUAAGGAUUCUAUUGAAAUGUCCGAGAAAAAUUAUCGGAAUAAUAAAUAAAAUAUAAAACGAAUAAAUAUGUACAAUUGUUUGUAUCGAAUCCUUUGCGUGCGGGAUGUACAAUGGACUUAAAAGGAUGCAAUACUUUCUUUCUGAUGAAUUUCGAAAGCAAAAAUAACGAGAGACAAUACUUGAUGAUAAUUCGAAGUACUCAUUUAUGCUCGUUCGCUCGACUGCAUUUCGCAACGUUGUUUGUCCGAUAAAACAUAACGUCGGGUAUUUGAAACAGUAAAUUUGUUUUGUUAAAUAUAAGAAAUCGCGACUAAUUGAUGAGACGCACAAAUACAAAGAUGUAUGUAAUUAUUACUGUCAAAUUUAUUAAGAUACAAGAUAUACGAAUCAUUUUUCAUUCAUAUUUAUUGCGACAGCAUAUUCUUUUCAAUGAACCGACGCGAUUGAUUACACCGAAAUAAGACAACGACGUUGUCGAACAGAAUCGCCAAUUCUGAUAUACAUUAAUAUAUAAGCCCCGAUUUAUAAUUAAUGUAUAAUUGUCGUCACCAUUAUUUAUCAUUAAAUUAUACAUACCUUGAAAAUUAUUGUGCCAAGGGAACCCGGAUGAUUCAAUGGGACGACGUACGUGGUAUAGUUAGAUAUAUCAACACGGUGCGUCGCGACGCCGCUGGCGAAGUAAACAGAUAUAGCGACUCGCUCGCGAGAGAGGCAAUCUAAUAACGGGGCGAGCACAUGCUCGACUGAAUAGCGUAAUUUGGAUCAUAAGAUUGACUUGGAUCGCGAAAGGCGCAAAAAGAGACGCUGAUUUUUCACGCGCGUCAUCAGUUUACAAACAGUUUUUCUCUUUUGAUAUCACGUGUCGUGUGACUUUGUGAGGAAAAUAUAUCAUUACGUCAUCAGCAUGUCCGAUUCGCUAUAGCCUUAAUAAAAAAACCAAUUUGAGUGAAAACUAUAAAUUGUAAGAUUCGUGGAUUCGAUCAAUUAAAUCAUUUAUGAAUAUUCUACAAAUAUAGAAAAGAAUUUCGAUAAAUUUAUAUUUUGUAACUUUUGUUUUGUAAAUUUUAUGUAAAUUUCUUUGCAAUUUUUCUAGAAACUUUUGUUUAAAGAUGUAUUAGUGUGUUUACCUUAAUUAUUAUUAGAUGCAAUGAUUUAAAAAUCUACAUUUUUUCAGUUGUUGGAAUGAAUAAAAACAUUCUAUGUUUCUUUUUUAUGAUGCUCUCAAUUACUAUAAUUAAUUGCGCAUUUUUCGCGUUAGACUUUUAUUAACUUUUUUCUUGCUAUUGUGAUUGAAAACACUGUGGAGCUACUAUCCGCGACUUUCUGUAUCAAAUUUCUCAUUAUAUACGAAUCCACAACUGCGAAACACGAGCGACUAUUCGGCUUGCCGCGCGAUAUUUGUGAUGAAUAUAAGUACUCGUUAGAGAGUUUCAAUCGAUUCUAAAUUUCGGUCAGUUUUGAAGCAUACCUCAUUAAAAGCGAAUUUUCAUCGCGGGAAAAUUUUCACUGUCGAUUAAAAGAAAUGAAACGUCUGGGAAAUAUUUAUGCGACUAUGCGUAUACAGUUUCGCUUACAUUUAUCCGCGAUAAACUGCGUGACGCACAAUUUACAACGAAGAGAUCGCGAAUGGGGUUUAUUAACUUGACGCUUCUCGUCUCCGUCUAGACUAACUGGGUUAAUUUCUCUCCGCAUUCUCUUCUCGGCGCUUAUUAUUCACGCGCCAUGUGCAUUAAAUCGGAGCGAAAACGACUCGAUUUCUUUCCGUCGCGUGGUUACCGCCCUCGGCAAAAUAUUUUCUUUUUUUGCGUAUCAUCCUUUCACGUUUCUUUUCUCCUGCAGAUACAUUUGAUUGAGUUUUACAGGUCACGUCUCUACAGCGGAAAAUCCAGUUUAAAAAACGCGUAACAGAAAACCAUGUUCAAAAAUGAAAAGAAUUUUCUUGCUCACACAGAUUAAACGAUUUGUCCUUUGACCGUACUUUAGUUCCACAUUAUUAUCGAUAUUUUAUAGAUUUGGUUAUAAACAGAUAUUUUAUGUACAUAAAAUUGAGAAAUAGGCUUUUACAAUUAUUUUUAAAGAAAGGAAUGCGAUAUAACGCAAUAUAUGAAUAUUUAUAUAAAAAUUUUUUAUAUUCAGAUAUGUAUGUACAUAUAAAGUAUCAACUUACGUAUCGGUAAUGAUAAUCAGAAUUAUAAACGGUAAAUUGUAAUCGCGAAACUUUUAAAACUGUUACGUUUAUUUAAGAAAGAAGUGACUUUAAAAUAUUGUUCUUAAGAUAGAUCAUGUCUACCUUGGAGACAUAUUUUUAGAAUGGAGAUUAUUUUAUUGUAUGACUAUUUUAAUGAAAAAUCUAAGCAAUGAUAUGUAAAUUAUGUUUACUUAUAUAGACAUACAAAGAUAAAACACAAACACUCACUUCCGUUUGAUAUCGAUAAUCGAUUCUUUUCUAUAUAAUUCCACUCAAGUGUAAAUAUAUCGCUGCGCUACUAACGCAGAAUAAUUAAUAUGCAUCAUUUGUUCUUGGAUAGCAUCCUUCAUUAAACGUUAAACGCGCCUUAAUUACCACUUCCUAUCUUACUAUUGUCAUUGAUUUUUCCCGAGUUAUUUCAAGCGCUACUUUGUGGUCGUUUGUUUAAUUAUCGAGCAAUUUGUACACUAGAGUAGCUCUCAGAACGAUAACAUACGCAUUUGCGAACAAUGCAAGCGCGCAUCUCGCGAUGAUUCUAGUGAUGCAAAAUCGCUAAAUUUAGUCGGACAAAACGUGCGUAACGAACAGUCGUAAGAAUUGAGAGCGUGGAUGAGUGACGAGAUGACGGCGAAAGUGAAACGCGACGAAAAAACAGAAAA